AUGAAUUUCGACCUGUCAAAGCUCGACAAACUCGGCAAGCCGGGCACGGCAAAAGAGCCCGCGGCCAAGAGCGCCAAGUUUGUGCCUCGCCUGAAUAAGCGCCGGCCCAGCCAGCAGCAGGCCUUGUCCACAGCGGGGGCAGCGCCACCGCCCGCAGAGUGGCAGCAGCAGGCCGCGCCACAGCCAGCGCUGCAGCAGCAGCAGAACGACGCCGUUGUUACAUCAACCGCGGCACCCACGCAAGCAGCAGCCGCACUGCGCAACAGCCAGCAAGGAAAGCAAGCACCGGGUGUUCCUGCAGAGGCUGUGGCGGCCGCGGCAGCAGCAUCCGCGGAGAUUCAGCAGCGGGAGGAAGAGGGCCAGCCUGUCUCGUUUCAGGCGGCUGUCGAGCAGGCAGCGCUGAAGAAGGUGGCAGCAGCAGCAGCGAAGACUGUGCCCAAGGGCAUGCGUAAGCGAGGGCGCCCCACCAAGGCAGAAGCAGCGGCACGCGCUGCAGCUGCGGCUGCAGGGCUGCCAUUUGCAGGACGCAUGGUGGUGGCGCCGCCGCAGCAGGCCAGCACAGGAGGGGAAGCGGCAGCAGACGGGCAGCGCGGGGCAGGACUCAACAUCAGCCACACUGCAGGCGACCAUGUGCAGCCCACCGUGCCCAAGCGGCAGAGUCGUCUCCCCAAUGCUGCAAAGGCAGCAGCAACAGCUGCCGCCACCGCCGGAGCCGCAGCGGCAGCUGUGGCAGAUGCCACCGAAAUCGCGAUAGAGCAGCAGCAGCAUGAAGGGCAGGCAGAGCAACAGCAAGGCGCCCGCCCAGUCAGAAAGCGGGGCCGCCCUCGCAAGCAGCCAGAGCCUGAAGAGGGGCCACCGCCGCAGAGGAGUGACAGCGAGGCGACUGAGGAUGCUGAGGAGCAGUGGCAGCAUAGGCGGCUCCAGAAACAGCAGCCACGGCGGGCGCUGCGCUCCAAGGCGGCAGCUGCUGCCGCGGCAGGAGCGGAGCAGGAGGACCGCCAGCCUGGAGCUGCCACAGCCAAGCGGCGGCAGAACCGGGCUCGGGGCUCCAGAAAAGGACAGGACGCUGUGGCGGCUCUGGCUGCUGCAGCAGCAGCGGCAGCGGCGGCUGAUGGUGCCCUUUCUGAAGAUGACGUAUCAACAGACACGGAUGACGAGACCAUGGCUGCCGUGGCGCGACGCCGUGCCGCGCGCAAGCGCGCAAGUGGUCGAGUGUCACGCAAGCAGCAGCCACAGGCCAAGCAGGCCAAAGUGGGGCGGGGGCGAGGAAGGCAACAGCAGAUUAUUGAGCAGCUUGAGGCUGAGGACGAGGAUGGAGAGGCAGCAGCCAGUGAUCGGCAGAUUGUGGUAGCUGCCAGCGACAUCCCCAUCGACCCCAACGUAAUGUCCCUCAAACAAAUCAUUCGCUGUGCAACCUCCCGUGACCGUCGCAAGAACGAGGAAGAAAAGCGACGGAAGCAGGAGGAGGAGGGGCAGCAGGACGAGGUGGGGCAGCAGGACCAGCAGGCAGCUGUGGCACCGGCGGGUGCAGCAGAAGGCGCUGCCGAGGGAGGACCCCUGGCAGCCGCCAUUGCAAGGCGGCAGCAGGAAGCGGCAGCAGCAGCGGCUGCUGGCGCAACCCCACCUGCUGGUGGCAGCAUGUUGGCACCCCAGGUGAAAGUUAUUGACGGCCGCAUCGUGGUGAACACCGCCUCACUGACAGUUCAGGCGCAGGAGGCGCAGCCGUUCACUCGUGUGGUGACGGAGGAUGCGCCCAAGCUGAACAGCCUGACCUACAUGAACAAGCUGUCCAACGAGCGCUGGACCCCCGAGGAUACCGAGCUGUUCUACAAGGCAAGCUCACAACCUGUGCCCAAGAUCCCCAGUGCCGGACGGGCUCAAUUUCACGAGCAUGCUCUGAGCCAGUUUGGCACCGACUUCACUCUCAUCUCCCACCUCUUCCCUGGCAGGCAGCGCCGCCAUCUUAAGAACAAGUUCACUCGGGAGAGCAAGCUGAACCUGGGGCGCAUUGAUGAGGCGCUUAAAGCCUCAGCCGGCGGCACCGUGGCCAGCUACCAGGAGAUGAUUGGCAUGCUGCGGGCAAGUGGCAUUGGGACUGGUGAGGAUGGGGGGGAGGAGGCGGCGCCGGCUGGUGAGCAGCAGCAGCAGCAGCAGCAAGAGCAGCAGCAGCAAGAGCAGCAGCAGCAAGAGCAGCAGCAAGAGCAGCAGCAGCAGCAGCACACGGGGACGGUACUGGCACAGCAGCUGCGAGAAGAGGAGGGUACAGACGCGGCGGAGGUGGCGCCGGAGCGAGAGCUGCUGCAUGAGGCCCAGCGGACUCACGAGGGGCACGAGGAGGAGGAGGCAUACUUCUACUAG